UACCUCGUAUAUAAUAAUAUAUAUUAGUUCACACAUAGUGAGAGAAACAUAGUCGACCUCUCUCUCUCUCCCUCUCUCUCUCUAGCCAUGGCUGCUUCCUCUGUUUCCCUCUCCCAAGCCUUCCUCUCUGGGUCGACAACUCAACAACACUCUGAUCGUCUUGUCGUCCCUGGCUUCAAGCUCACCUCAUUACCAACCACCCAAACCCGCCUCCUCAGGCCUUCUCUUUCACGCGCCUUCACACCCGCGAACAACCGCUUCGGAUCACGCGCCGCCACUGUCAGGUCGGAGCUACAAACUCUAGGUAAUAAGAACGACACCGCAUUCGCAUUGGUCGAUAAAUCCGUCAACACGAUCCGAUUCCUCGCGGUCGAUGCGGUGGAGAAAGCGAAUUCGGGUCACCCUGGUCUGCCCAUGGGUUUUGCUCCGGUGGGCCACGUGUUGUACGAUGAGGCGAUGAGGUACAACCCCAAAAACCCUUAUUGGUUCAAUCGCGAUCGCUUCGUGCUCUCUGCUGGACACGGUUGUAUGUUGCAGUAUGCUCUUCUACACCUCGCUGGCUACGACAGUGUCAAGGAAGAAGACUUGAAAUCUUUUCGUCAAUGGGGAAGCAAAACACCUGGUCACCCCGAGAAUUUUGAGACACCAGGUGUUGAAGUCACGACUGGACCCCUUGGUCAGGGCAUUGCUAAUGCUGUUGGUCUGGCCAUGGCGGAGAAGCAUUUGGCUGCUCGAUUCAACAAACCCGACAAUGAGAUUGUUGAUCACUACACGUACGUAAUAAUCGGGGAUGGUUGUCAAAUGGAAGGAAUUGCAAAUGAAGCUUGUUCCCUUGCUGGACACUGGGGACUCGGCAAGCUGAUUGCAUUCUAUGAUGACAAUCACAUUUCCAUUGAUGGAGACACAGAAAUUGCAUUUACCGAGAAUGUUGAGAAGCGCUUUGAGGGAUUUGGGUGGCAUGUCAUAUGGGUGAAAAAUGGAAACACUGGAUAUGAUGACAUUCGUGCUGCCAUCAAAGAAGCUAAGACUGUCAAAGACAGACCUACUUUAAUCAAGGUAACAACUACCAUUGGCUAUGGGUCCCCAAACAAGGCAAACACGUACAGUGUGCAUGGAAGCGCUUUGGGUGCUAAAGAGGUGGAUGCCACGAGGAGUAAUCUUGGGUGGCCAUAUGAGCCAUUCCAUGUGCCCGAGGAUGUUAAGAAGCAUUGGAGUCGCCAUGUCCCUGAUGGAGCUGCUCUUGAAGCUGAAUGGAAUGCCAAGUUUGCGGAGUAUGAGAAGAAGUACAAAGAAGAAGCAACAGAGUUAAAGUCUCUUAUUAACGGUGAAUUGCCUGCUGGUUGGGAAAAGGCACUUCCGACUUAUACACCAGAUAGUCCUGCUGAUGCCACCCGGAAUCUGUCCCAGCAGUGCCUUAAUGCCCUUGCAAAAGUUCUUCCUGGGCUCCUUGGUGGCAGUGCAGAUCUUGCUUCUUCCAACAUGACAUUACUAAAAAUGUUCGGUGACUUCCAAAAGCACACCCCUGAGGAACGUAACGUUCGAUUUGGUGUUAGGGAGCACGGUAUGGGUGCCAUUUGCAACGGCAUUGCUCUCCAUUGCCCUGGACUCAUCCCCUACUGUGCAACUUUCUUCGUCUUCACUGACUACAUGAGAGCAGCCAUGAGGAUCUCUGCCUUGUGUGAAGCCGGAGUUAUUUACGUGAUGACUCACGAUUCAAUUGGGUUGGGAGAGGAUGGACCGACCCAUCAACCCAUAGAGCACUUGUCAAGCUUCCGGGCCAUGCCAAAUAUUUUAAUGCUCCGCCCAGCUGAUGGCAAUGAGACUGCUGGUGCGUACAAGGUUGCGGUUCUUAACAGAAAGAGACCCUCUGUUCUUGCUCUCUCCCGGCAAAAGCUUCCCAAUCUUCCGGGAACAUCAAUUGAAGGAGUAGAGAAAGGCGGGUAUAUCAUUUCAGACAAUUCUGUGGCUAAUAAGCCAGAUGUUAUUUUGGUUGGAACCGGUUCAGAGUUAGAAAUUGCUGCCAAAGCGGGAGAUGAGCUCAGGAAGAGUGGAAAGACCGUUCGUGUUGUGUCGUUGGUUUGUUGGGAGUUAUUUGAUGAACAAUCUGAUGCAUACAAGGAAAGUGUUUUUCCAGCUGAUGUUUCUGUUAGGGUCAGUAUCGAGGCUGGAUCGACAUUUGGGUGGGCGAGGAUUGUUGGAAGCGAGGGCAAGGCAAUUGGGAUCGACCGCUUUGGAGCUAGUGCCCCGGCAGGAAAGAUAUACAAGGAGUUUGGAAUUACUGCGGAGGCUGUGAUUGAAGCUGCCAAAACAUUAUGUUAGGCGUGUGUGAGUUUUUUACAUAUUGAAUUCGAUGGAAUUAUGGGAAUGGCUUUGCUCUCUGAAAAUCUGAGUUGUCAGUGCAGGAAAAACCGGGGAAGACAGGUUUGAGUGCAUAAAAAGGUAAAACGCCACUGGGAUUAAUAAGAAUGAGACUUGAAUUAACAAGAAUGAGAAAUCGAGUUUUUCUCCUUCUCCUUUUCCUGUUUCUACUUAUUUUUCAGUCUGAUAUGUUUUUUUCUCAAUGGAGUUCUGGAGAUUAUUAGUGGAAUUAAAGGUCUUCAAGACUCCCAUUGGAUGUAACUUGGAUUUUGCAAUGUUUUGAAAAGACUGUUCAUGAGAAGUUUCCAACAUAUAUUUUUGGGGGUCUUUAGUAUUUGUUCUGAUUCUGUGCUUUCUAUUUCAGAACUUUCCAUCAGAUGUGAGGGAUAGGUCGAACAGAUGGUUGUGGAACAAAAAUUCUUUGAUUUAAUCUGAAUUUAGAGGGGAUGUGAAGCACUAAAAGUGCAUUGAAAAA